AUGACCCAAGGCGCCCGAAAGUAUACCGACCAGCUGCGCAACACGCGCGUGCUGGUCAUCGGCGGCACGUCCGGGAUCGGCUUCGCCGUCGCAGAAGCAGCGGUUGAGCACGACGCCAUCGUCACCAUCGCGGGUUCCAAGCAGGGCAAGCUCGACCAGGCCCUCGCCCGACUGCGAGAAUCGAACCCGCACUCCGCCGCAGACCGGAUCCAGGGGAUGCAAUGCGACCUGGGCGAUCCGGAGACGGUCGAAGCCAACGUGCAGCGACUGCUGGCGCUGGCCGCCGGCGACGGCAAGAUCAACCAUAUCGUGAUCACGGCGGCGGACAUGACGCAGCCGCCAGCGCUGGAGGGGCUGACGGUGGCCGACGUCCAGCGGCCGGGGGUGAUCCGGCUGGUGGCGCCGCUGAUGGUGGCCAAGCACCUCCCGGCGUACAUGGAGCAGGACGCGGGGAACUCGCUGACGCUGACCAGCGGCGCCCACUGCCUCAAGCCGGAUCCCGGAUGGACGGUCAUCUCGGGAUACUGCGGCGCGGUGGAGGCGAUGGCGCGCGGGCUGGCGGUGGACUUGAAGCCGUUGCGCGUCAACGUCGUGGCCCCCGGGGCGGUGCUCACCGAGGCGGUCCGUGAUAUCCUGGGCGGCGCCACGGAUCUCGCGGUCAAGAUGGCCAAGGAGAAGUCCACGGUCGCCCAGGUCGGGACCCCGGAGAGCGUGGCCCAGGCGUAUCUGUAUCUGAUGAAGGAUCGGUAUAACUCGGGGUCGACGCUGGCUACGAAUGGGGGGAUGCUACUGCUUUGA